AACAGAUUUCAGCUUGCGGGAACCAACCAAUAUCUGGUUGGUCUUGUCAUUUGCUACAUUUAAAUUAUACACCCCUUGAUACUCACAAAUCUAUUAAACAAUGACACGAUUCCAGUCGUGGUCAUUUCAUAUUUCAACGAAUUCAAUAAAUAAUCUGUAGCCAUCCGUGAUUCCGCUCAGUCGUACGUAGUUAAUUACAAAGUGCCAAGUUUAACGAAUCUCUCAAAUCUCUCUUCUUUCUUAACUUUCUUUUCGCGUAUCGCGAUCCGCGUAAUAUAUCAAUAAUAAAUAGUCACUCGUUUGCCUUGAUUUAUUGCGAAUAAGUCAAAUGUACUUACUACUAAUUAAUUAAAUGGCGAGUGCAAAAAUUCCAGCUCAAAAAGUUAUCCUUUGUGGUGACUAUGGGGUGGGAAAGUCGUCGAUAUUUCGCAGAUUUGCCAACGAUACCUUUGUAGCCUCGAAUGACCGCAAGUCCACUCUGGGACUGGACUUUUACAACAAGGCCUUUUGCAGUGAGAGUGGUACGGAUGGUCACACCCACGCCUGUCAAUGUCCCCCCAUCAGCAAACUUAUGGUCCAGCUAUGGGACACUGGUGGCAUGGAAAGGGUCGCAACUGUGACCAGUAGUUAUUACAAAUUCAGUGAAGCAGCAAUUUUGGUCUAUUCCGUGGAUAAUCCAGAUUCGUUCAAUUCCUUGGCAAACCAUUUGUUAGAAGUCGCCUCAUUUGCAGAGAACGCUAAAAUAUUUUUGUGUGGAAACAAAAUCGACAUAAUUACCUCAGAUUUAGUGUCAAAUGAUGACGUUGACAAUUUUUGUGAACAAUGCGGGAUAGUUUCCGGAAUUUUUAAAACGUCCUGUAAAACUGGGGAAGGAGUGAACGACAUGUUUGACGAGAUUGCUCGCGUAAUUUCAACAUCGUCACGUUCGCGACAUGAAUUACUUCAGUUGGAACAGUCAUUUAAAUUGACCACUGCGGAUAUCGACUCUGCAGAACAACAACCCGACAACUGUGUCUGUUGACUACGCGUAUCAAACAAUAUGAACUUAAUCGCCAUCGCUCGCUUAAUUAACUAACGUCAAAUAAUCAGCAAUUAUUUAUUUAUGUGUGUAAAAAUAACCAAAGAUUAAACAUCGCAAUUUAAAUAUAUAAAAUUUCCAUUUUU